GCACGCCUGAAUUCUCAUUUCCUCUGUUGUUUCCAACUUUUUGGUAAACAGAUUGGUAAACAAUUUUUUGAAAACCAAAUGCAAGUUUGCUAGAUCUAGAUCUAGAUCCAUAUAAACAAUGUCGGAUAAGCCUAGAUCUACUUAGAUCUAGAUUACAUCUAGACUCUAUAUCACUUUUUUUAAUUAUUCGAAUUCAAGAUUCAGUAGAAAAAGACUGAAACCUGCAUCUAACGAGUCACGUGUAAGAAGAGCGAGUGGCUGUGUACUGUGUUAGUAGACUCGUACUCGUACACUAUCGAAAGUAGAUUACAGGCCUAGACUACAUCUAGAAUUUAAAAUGGCAGAAGACUUUCCCCGUGGUAAAUCAAAUUCUAGCAAACAACAUGAAAAAUCUCUACAUAGUAAAUCAAUUUCUAGACAGGAGAAUGUUGUCCACCAAACAAAAUUUGCUUCAAAACCCAAGAAAAGAAAACUUCAUGACCUUUCAAAUCAGAAAUCUGCCAAAAGAAUCAAGUUGAAUCCUAAGGAUAGCAUGGUUGAAAUACCACUUCAGCAAGAUCUAAGAGAGGGAGUUUGUGUGCUGGCAUGUGUUCGACAGGUGCAUGAAUACUCAUUAUCACUGUCAUUGCCUGGCAAUGGUGUUGCAACAUUACCUAUUACAGACAUAUCUGCUGCUUACUCAAAACAGUUGCAGAUUCUUACGAAUUCUGAUGACAGUGCUGUUACCGAGGAGGUUAAAUCACUAGCAGAAUUGUUUAAGCCUGGACUUUUGUUGCCUGUCACUAUUCUAGAAGUUGGUAAAGAAAAUCAGAAAAAACAAAUUAAGGUCUCUUGUGAUCCUUCAAAAGUCAACAGCGAGCUGUCGCUUAAGACAAUAAGUAAAGGACAACUUGUAUUUGGGAACAUAGCAAGUGUUGAAGAUCAUGGAUAUAUGGUAGAUCUUGGUGUGAAAGGAAUUCAGGCUUUUUUAGCUAAAAAAGAUGCAGAUGCAUUUGUUACCCUGUAUUGCAAUGGAUCACCAUUAAGUGUUGGCUGCUGUGUGUGGAGUGUAAUUCAAAUGAAUGAUGGUGCUCAUUUAAAAGCUGGAGAAGAAAGAGUAGUCAAUGUCACUAUUGAUCCAAAAAUAAUUCAAAACACAAAGUGUGAUGAAACAACUAAUCUGAAUUCCUUAAGACCAGGAAUGAGCAUCAAGGGAAUAAUUCAACAGGUACUGACAAGUGGUCUUCAAGUAACUGUCAGGACAUACACAGGUACAGUGCACAGCUCUCAACUGCCUAAAACAACUUCUCAUUAUAUGGUUGGGAAAGAGAUUGAUCUAAGGAUUUUGUAUAUCAACCAUAACACCAAGGUGAUACAUUUCACUGCACUCCCAAAACUACUAAAAUUUGAUGGUGGCCCAAUAAACUUUUUUAAUGACCUCAAAAUUGGCAGUAUUGUUAAAGCAACAGUAACAUUUACUCACAGCAAGAGAGGUGUUUUUUUCAAGCUACCAGGAAGUAUCAGUGGUUUUGCUUCACUAAGUCACUUGAAUGAUAAGAAAGAAGAGAAUGUAAAUCUUACGCAGUUUCAAAAAGGUGCAUCAUUUCAAUGUCGAGUGUUGGGAUUUAGUUUUAUGGAUGCGUUGGCAUUAGUGUCACUAAAAAAGGACAUUCUUGAACAAAAAUUCAUGACAAUAGAUGAUGUAAAAGUUGGUGAUAUUGUAGAGACUGUUGUGAAACAAGUGAAUUCUAAUGGACUUCUGGUAAAGCUAUCUAGAGGCAUAUUUUCAUUUAUUCCUUGUCUUCAUUUAGCUGAUGUACCCAUUAAGCAUCCUGACAAAAAGUUUGAAAGUGGCAUGAAGUUAAAAUGCAGAGUCUUAAGAAUAGACAAAGAGAAAUCGAAAGUAUUUUUGACCCACAAAAAGUCUUUAUUGAAGUCUAAGCUUUCGAUUUUAUCUGAAUACACACAGCUUCAACCUAAAAUGGAGUUGGAAGGCUUUAUUGUGUCUGUGAAGGAAAAAGUUGUCAUUGUGUCUUUUUACAAUAAUGUAAAGGGUUAUGUAACUCGUAAUUACAUGAGCACUGAGAAAGUAAUUGAUCCAUCUUCAUUGUUUUACAAGGGUCAAGUGAUUCGUUGUCAUGUUGUGCACUACAAUGUUGAAGAAAAAAAACUGAAACUGUCAUUUAAUUUUGGUCAGAAUUCCACAAUUAAAGAUAAAGGUUUGACUGAAGCAGCAUCUGAUUUCAAAAUUGGCAUGUUCUCCGAGGCUAAGGUAAUGCACAUAGAAAACGCUGGUGUACAAGUUAUGCUACUGCCCAGCAAGCACAUUGCACACCUCCCAUUUUUUCAUAUGUCAGACUUCAGCGAUGUGCAAGAGCUGAGAAAACACUCACUCACUCUUGGCCAAAAGAUUGAAAAAGUCGCCAUUUUCAGUAAUGAUCAGAAAACCAUUGUUACAGUGAAGGAAUCUUUAAUGAAUGCGGCAGAAAAAAAUCAGCUUGUAGAAAAUUUUGAUGACUUGAAGACUGGCAUGCUCUUACCUGGUGUGAUAAAAAAUCAUCAAGACUAUGGAAUGUUUUUAGAAUUAGCUAACGGACAUAUUGGCUUAAUUCCAGCAAAGACAUUAACUUACCUUCAGCCAGUCAACUUGAAUGAAUUGUUUAUUCCCGGUCAAACAGUUAUUUGUAGACUUUCCAAAAUUGAUUUUGAGAAAAAGCGAUUUUUAGGUAGCAUCCACAUAAACGAAUGUUUUGAAGGGAAUAGUGAUGAAUCAUUGGAACUACUCAAAAGUUAUCUUUCAGCUAGAGAAUGUGCACUAACGCUACUGUAUGCUGAACACAAGGAAUUAUCAGUGUAUAAAAAUCUGAAGGUGGGUGAAAUAGUAGAAGUGACUGUUUCCUCAGUCCUGAAGAAAGGGAUUCUAUGUGAUCUAAAGUCUGGUGCUAAAGCUUUAGUUACUAAGUAUCAUUUUGGAGAAAUUCAACCCAAGGUGGGCUGCACAUACAAAGCAGCAGUACUGUUUGUUGAUCCACUUACUCCAUGCGUUGAGUUAUCUCUGCAACCAAAGGUCGUCAAAAGUGUAGCAAAUAGAAAGGAAAAUAUCAAAACUCAGCUGAAAAAGGGACAGAUUUUAAAGGCUGAGAUCCUCUUAAUAAAGUCAGAGUUUUUGCUUAUGGGAUUACGUGGUCAUGGCGCAGGAAAAUUUGUUUACGUUCCUGUAAAGCAGCACAUGAAUGAUGUCGAAGUCAACAAAUCUCUUAAAAUUGGUAAUUAUUCUGACGUGGUUCUUAAAGACACUUUUGGUGAAAAUCAGCUGGCGGUUUUCAAAGUUAAGGAUAUGCCAAAGCAAGAGAGCAUGAAAAAAGGUUCCCAAAGUCAUGAUUUAAAACCAGGGAUGCUGAUUGAAGCUAAAAUUAAAGCCAUACACUCCUUUCAAAUUAACAUCAUAUCAAAUAGACUUCAGGGACGUAUUCACAUCACUGAAGUGGCUGAUGAACUAAAAGAGGGAGAAAACCCAUUGUUACGAUUUCAUCCUGAACAGACACUCAAUGUGAAAAUAAUUGGACUGAGAGAUCUUAAAUCCCACAGUUAUCUGCCCAUCACAGACCCAAAGCCAAAUAAAACACUACUUGAAUGUAGUCUGAAAGAGAGCAGAAUCCUGAAUGAAAUGGACACUGAUUUAAUUUCUAAGCUGGAUGUGAAAGAAGGGGACAAAGUUUUUGUGUUUGUUAUCAAAGUGUCCAAGAACAAAGUCUGGGCACAGUUGAGUUUAACUCAACAAGGUUACAUUGAUUUUUUUCAUUUGUCUGAUGAUACCAACGUUAUCAACAAUGCCAGCGGUCACUUUUUACCUGGGCAAGGAUACACCGCAACAGUAAUUGAAAUACAAGAUGAAAAGAUAGCACUUUCACUAAUCGGAAAAAAGAGAACUGUUGUGCAAGGAGAGAAAGUAAUCGCUCAAAUCACAAAGCUCAAGCCUGGCUCUUGUCUCUGUGUUAAAUUAGCAUCAGGCAGACUAGGUGUAGUGUACCAAAAACCAACCAUUCUUCAUUAUGUGGGGCAGUAUAUUACAUGUGUGGUUAAAAAUUUGGAAGAUGGUUCAGACAGGUGUGUCCUGUCUUUAGUAGACCAAAGCAACGCGCCAGUUAAAAAAGUAAGGAAAAGAAAACGAGAAGUUUCAGAAUCUGAAGAGAAAAACAUUUUUCUGCAGAAAGAGCCACUUAAAAAGAAAAUUGUACCCAAGAAUUCUGAAACGGUUAAAGAGACAAUUCAGUCUGAAGAGAAUACUGCAAACAGGCUUAAUAUUAAUGGAUUUUCAUGGGAAGGAGAAUUAGCCGGAGUUGAAGAUAGUAAAGAAAUUGAAAAUGAUAAUGAUUCUAUUCAAGUUGAUAAUUCCAAAGCAAACAAAAGAAAGAAGCAUAAUGAAGAAAAGCUAAUCCAAGAGUUUGAACAAAGUCAGUUGGAUAGAACAGCAACACCACAAAGUGCUAAUGAUUUUGAAAAACUUGUUCUUCAGUCGCCCAACAGCUCACUUAUCUGGCUACGAUUUAUGGCUUUUCACAUCGAACUUGGUGAAAUUGACAAAGCUAGGACAGUAGCAGAAAAGGCUUUAAAUACAAUUACAUUCAGGGAAGAGCAAGAAAAAAUGAAUGUUUGGCUGGCGUAUUUGAACAUGGAAACAAUGUAUGGAGAUAUUAGUGAUGUGAAAAAGCUUCUGGAACGUGCUGCUAUUUAUAAUAACCCGGUAGACAUUUAUUUAAAGAUGGCUGACAUUUACAUCUCUCAUAAUAAGAUGCAGGAAGCCGAUGAGCUUUAUCAGAUGCUCUGUCACAAGUUUAAACACAACAAAGCGAUAUGGAAAUCGUAUGGCCAGUUUCUGUAUAAAACAGGAAAAUUGCAGCUUGCAAGAAACUUGCUGAAACGUGCAACCUGUGUCUUAGAUAAAAAGGAUCAUAUUGAAGUUAUCACGAAAUUCGCCAACUGUGAAUUUUCUGAUGGAGAUUCUGAGUGUGGGCGUACGAUGUUUGAAAACUUGAUAGCCAGCUACCCUAACAGGACUGACUUGUGGUCAGUGUAUGUCGAUAUGGUGUCAAAAGUUGGAGACAUCAGCGGAGCUAGGCAAAUAAUGGAGCGUGCCGUUAAACAAAAACUCAACACUAAGAGAUUACGUUUCUUAAUUCAAAAGUUUAUCAGGUUUGAGGAGACCCAUGGUUCUGACGAGCAGGUCAAGCAAGUCAAAGAAUUAGCCUUGACCUUACUGGAGACUUAAAAUGUGAUGAAGCCAAAAUUCUGUUUAAAAAUUAAGUUUUAGCAAACUCACCUUGGAUUAGCAAAACUGACAUUUUUUUUUUGUAGCAAUUAAAAUUCAGUGCUUGUAACUAAAAGAAAUCACUAUGGUGGAGGUCUAUUAAACAUGUGUAACUAAAUAUGACCUCAAGCAAAAUAUAUUGUGACCUAUGUAAAAGCUUACUUAUGUGGAUAAAUGAUUGAUUUUGUUUUCUUAUUAUUAUUAAAGACAAACACUGUAGUACCAAAAGUAAAUAAAAAUGAUAAAAAAUGUAUAAUGCAAUUUACUUUUUAUUCGCUAUAUAGCACUGAGUAAUCCCUCUGGUACACAAGAUAUCAAACACAAUAACAUCAAUAAACCAUGUAGGGGGAAAAAAUCAUUGUGACUCAUUUUCUACUUGUAAUUCUAAAUUAUUUUAUGACUUUAAGAACAUCUUCACUGUGAAGACUAUCAUAAAAAAAUAAAAUUUCCAUCAUGUGUACAAUAAUACCAAGGCUUAUGCUUAAUAUUUAAUGAGGUUCAAUUCAUGCAAAUUAGUAAAAAGCAUAAUAAAUAUUUAGAAUAUUGUAAUAGAAAUUGUUUAGAACUGAAUUGUCAUUAAACAUAUAAAUAUAAAACAUUAAAAAAUAAAUGACAGCACACA